CGCCGGGGGAAUCGACCGAGCCAACAUUGUGAAACAUCAGAUUGAAGAUGGCGGAGGGUGAAUUGAACGUGGACAGCAUCAUCUCUCGGCUUCUGGAAGUGCGGGGAUGUCGCCCAGGGAAGAUAGUCCAGAUGACCGAGGCAGAGGUGCGGGGGCUCUGCAUCAAAUCCAGGGAGAUCUUCCUCAGCCAGCCCAUUCUGCUGGAGCUUGAGGCUCCCCUUAAGAUCUGCGGUGAUAUCCAUGGGCAGUACACAGACCUGCUGAGGCUGUUUGAGUAUGGUGGUUUCCCUCCAGAGGCAAAUUACCUCUUCCUGGGUGACUAUGUGGACAGAGGAAAACAGUCUCUGGAAACCAUCUGUCUGCUUCUGGCCUACAAGAUAAAAUACCCAGAGAACUUUUUCCUGCUCAGGGGGAACCAUGAGUGUGCUUCCAUCAACCGCAUUUACGGCUUCUAUGACGAGUGUAAGCGCAGGUUCAACAUUAAGUUGUGGAAGACCUUCACAGACUGCUUCAACUGCCUCCCCAUUGCUGCUAUUAUUGAUGAGAAGAUCUUCUGCUGCCAUGGAGGUCUGUCGCCUGAUUUGCAGUCAAUGGAACAGAUCCGCAGGAUCAUGAGGCCAACAGACGUGCCUGAUACAGGCCUGCUGUGCGACCUGCUGUGGUCAGACCCAGACAAGGAUGUGCAGGGCUGGGGAGAGAACGACCGCGGUGUGUCUUUCACCUUCGGGGCAGAUGUGGUCAGCAAGUUCCUCAACCGCCAUGACCUGGACCUCAUCUGUAGAGCUCACCAGGUUGUGGAGGAUGGUUAUGAGUUCUUUGCCAAACGCCAACUGGUCACACUUUUCUCGGCUCCAAACUACUGUGGGGAGUUCGACAAUGCAGGCGGCAUGAUGAGUGUCGAUGAAUCCCUCAUGUGCUCUUUCCAGAUCCUAAAGCCCUCAGAGAAGAAGGCCAAGUACCAGUAUGGCGGGGUCAAUUCUGGUCGGCCUGUCACCCCACCCCGCACUGCCCAAGCCCCCAAGAAGAGGUGAACAUACAGCCUCGGCUCUCCCCCUCCUUUUCAUCCUUUUCGCCCUAUCCGUCCUGUCUAUCCAUCGCUGCAACCCCAGUUACUCCCCUGUAUAGCACAUAUACAGGGCUUAUCUAAUUGCCCCAGUCUUUCUCCUCUUUCUUCCCCAUUAACCCUCCCUCCCCCUAACUCCACUGACAGCUCUUUUCUUAAUAUGUAUGUGUACAUAAAUUUGCUGUGACCAAUCGAUGUAUUAUUUUUUUGCCUGUUUGUUGGUAUUUUUGAUAUUAUUAACAAAUAUUCUAUUUGUGGUUUUACUUGCAAUGCCAUUUGAGGUUCUCUGAGGUUCUGUGUUGUGUAAAGAAACGCCUCCUCUGUCUAGAGGGGAGAAGUGAGUGAGUUAGAGGAAUUCUUUUUGAUUUCUUCAUCGAAAAACAAAAUGGAUAUUGAACAUUGUUUUGCCUUGAUCUCUCCUAAAGCAGUGAGAAUUCUCCCAGCGCUUUUCAUUUCAGCUGACUGAGACGUAAGCAUUAUGCCGAACUCGCGCUUACAGCAGUUCUGACAUUGCUAACAGUUCAAACAGUAUAGCGUGUGUGCGUGUACUUGCAAUUCUGUGUUUGGGCACACGCACAUUUGAUGUAUUUAACCACUAAGAAAGUGCACCUCUCCAUGUGAAGGAAAGAAUGUGAACAGAGACCGGCUUGAAUGAACCAUACAGGCUUAAUCAGAUGCUGCUGGCAGUGUACACGCACCAUCCGAACACAACACCCACUGGACAUCAACCCCACUCUCUUAUGGCUCCCCAGGCCCCGAAUCCAUACCCACACUACAACAUGCAGCUUCUCACGUAGAGGGGAUUGUGAUGUUGUCCUGGAUCUGUUUAUUAUUGGUCCUCAUCAAGAUAAUUUCAGUACUGCUGAUUUACAGUGAAAGACACUGACUGAUCUAAUAUGUGAUUAGUCCAUGCACAGGCCUUUUACCCAAUUUGAAUCACAGUUAUGGAUGGUCAGUAUUAUAUCUGCAUAAUCAAAUUGGAUAAAUAGAGUAACUGCUAAUGGUAUUAUUGUGCUAGUCUGGACCUUUUCCAUGUAGAAGCCCAUGAGGGUAGGAAAUGCAUUGGCUGCAAAUUUGCAGCUUGCCCAACCCUUUAAAGUAUUAAAAUACUGAUAUAAUAAGAAUAAGAAUCAAAAAGCAAUCUCCACAAAAGCUUUACAGUAUCUGCACCAUUUAGUGCCACAUGUACAGAACACAGUCAGCAGUCCUUUAAUAAAGUGGAGGAGCAUGAAGGAGAGUCAAGUUUGUGUUUUUGAGGAUUUAAAGGGAAAAUGCCAGCCAUCCCUCUUUUACAUCGCCCAAUCUGUUCAGGUACAAAAUAUGAAAACUGACAGGAGCCAGAAGUGGGUGGGUGCAGCUGGUUUUGGCAUUACUGUGGUAGUAGUGCCACCUGCUGUUAAAAAAUCGCCAGUACCAGAAUCCUAUUUUGUGAAAUUUCAGAACAGACUGACCAGGUUGCGCUUCAACUUACAAAGCCAGCGUAAGAUGCUGUAUCUUUACUAUCAGGAGGUACUUUAAUUGUCUACUUACCAACAAUUAGCCUGGUUGGCAGUUCAGCUUCAGUCUGCUGCAAAAGAGAUGCAGUAGACUUAUCGUGUGAAACAGUUGCCUCAUUUUUUUGCUCUUCGUUGUAUUCUUUCUGUUGUAUUUCUAUGUACUCUAUUCACAUUGUUUACUUUUUAUUCACUUAAUUUAUUUCCUAACAAUGAUAAUAAGAAAAAAAAUCUGAGGUGUUACCAAAAGCUGUUUUGCAAUUUGUACAAGUUGGUUUGAAAGUCUAUAAAUUGAAUAAAAUGGAUGAAACUAAAA